AUGGGGAUAUUUCAAAACAAUACAGAAUAUGAUUUUAAACUGAACGACACAACUUCAGCCAUGACGCCAGAAAAUGGAGAUAAUAAUGUUAUAUUGGAUCCGGAAGUUUCAAUUUCAGCGAAAUUAAAUAUUUCCGGUAAGGAUGGCAAAUUUCUUUCAAAUAUCUCAAAAUCUAAUAACCUGACAGAAUCACAGAAUCAUUAUUUAACUAAGAAUCCAGGUAGUUCGUUUCUAGACGCCCUGACUACUACAUCGCGACAGGAAGUGACGAACCAGACAGACGCAAAUGUACUGGAACCAUUUCCGGUGUCUAAUUACACCGUUUCUGACGGAUAUUCUGCCCCGUUUGAGAACAUCUUCAUCAACGAAUCACAGUUGUAUUCCGGGGCUUCGCUACACGACAGCUUCACUAAUUCAACGUUUGAUUCCGCCAGACAAAGCGACGACGCAAGAUUUCUGUCCAAUGAUACAUCUUUCAGCACGAACCUUUCAGCGUGGUUGACUGUGGUUCCACAUCUCAGUCCUGACAACAAUGGUGCCGUUUCUGGUGAAGAUGACGUUACGAGUAUUGUUAUAUUUAAAGUCGUCAUCUUAGGAUGUAUCUCUCUUGUCGGCUCGUUCGGAAACAUCUUGGUCAUAUGGAGUGUUGUCAAGGAGAGGCACCUCCACAGACCACCCUUCUAUUUUUUGCUGAGCAUGGGAGUGACAGACUUGUCUAGGGCGGUGUUCUGCGUUCCUGUUGUCAUGACUACAGUCAUGCAUGGAUCAAGAUGGAGACAUGGUGAAUCAGCCUGCAAGCUGUUUGCCUUCGCCACCUCUUUCUUCGUGUUCAGCUCGGCUUUGUCACUUCUUGCCAUCGCCAUCGACCGCCACGUCUCGAUCGUCUACUCCAAGACGUAUCGCCGUCGCUCUCUGGGAAUUGCCAAUCUUGUUGUUGCUGUUAUCAUAUGGAUCAUUGCGUUCUCCGUAUCCUUCCCUCCAGUGGUUGGAGUUGGGAAUUACGUGUUCAUCCCUGAUGAGUCUCAAUGCGCCUACCAACACAAACACUACACGCACAACGAUUCCAUUUCAUCCGUUCUGGUCUUCAUCGCCAUUUUGUUCCUGACCUACUUUCUGUAUUUCCGCAUCUUCCGCUUUCUGCGGGGUCAUCGGCGCAUGCGGCCUUUACAGCAUACACCAGCCUUGAGUACUAACUGGGCCUUCAUUGGUCCUGGGGCCAACGGACAAGCGUUCAUCAACUGGCUAAACGGGUUCGGAGGUCAAGCACCAGUGCGUCAGGGAGGUCAGAGAGCUGUCCAGAGGCUUAACUUUGGACGAGUGGUCAACCUAUCGACCGCAAAAAACGAGCACCUAACCAGACUGUUCCUCGUUGUGACCCUAGUGUUCGGUAUAGCCUGGUCAGCUUACAUCACUCUUUCAUUGUGGAGGAUAUUUUUCGAUGCAUCACUUAUUCCAUCGGUUUAUAUUACAGUUUCCGCUUGGCUGGGAUAUGGACAGUUGGCUAUUUGUCCGAUAGUGUAUUUCUUGAUGCGUGGACCUAUGAAAAAGCCAUCGAAAGCAGCAUAUGAGCAAACAGAGAAGAGGGAGUUCCUUCUAGAGAACAAAACUGAAAAGUGA